AUAUGGUAAACCACCAACAAAAAUCCAGGCACUCUCUUUGUACUGAUCGUGCCAUGAUGUCUUAUUAUUUCCUAAUAACUCUUGUUCCCCGAGUUUUUUAAUAUUUUUCACAUUCGUCAAAGGAUUCAUGGUAUUUAUCAGUUGAUUAAUAAAUAGAGUUGGAAUGAUUCGCAAAUUUUUUCAAUUGAAUUGUUGACAUACGGAGAAUAUAACAAUGGACUCAUAAAAAAUAUUCUAUGCAAUUCUUUGUCACGUAAAAAUCAUUGUAUGUAAGCUUCCAUCCUCUGACGAUCACUCUAUUUGUUCUUCUCUGUCAAAUAGGUUAUAGCUAUUCCUUACGGCACUGUAGACAGUUCCUUCAUGCAUGCCAGUCAACUAAAUUCGCCAACUAAAAAAUAUUGAAAUAUUACUUUUUUUAAUGUGAAAUUCAUCUAGUUAUCUAGUUGACACUUUUCUAGUAAAUCAUUAAUUUAUAGGCAUUGUAUUUAUUUACAUACAACAAAAAGUCGGACGACAUCAAAUGAGUGUUGGAUUAUCAAUAUAUUUGACAAAUAAAAACCCUUCAUCUAACAAGAAGCAGGCUUUGGGGGAUGGCACCCACCGAUGAAAGAUCAACUUAGAUAUUUACUAAAUUUUGUCAAAAAAGGAAUCUCGAUUUCAGUGGUGCAGAGCACGAGCAUAAGUGGUGAUUUGGCUAUAGAGGCUUUGUUGGUUAUAUCCCCUUCUUCAGUGAGGGCCAAAUGCCAUUGUAUUUACAAGAAGCACUCGUUAUAUUUACUGCCGGACCUGAGAAGAAGAUUGUACUGUCGGACUGAGGAGAUUUAGCCCUGAGUGUCAGAGGUGGGAGACAAAGGUUGUAGUGGGGAUUGGGAAAAGUGGGGGUAAAUUUGAGGACGACAUCCUCAGUUCAACCAUAUGUACAUAUAGUCGUACUGGAGAGACUAUAGCUUGGUUUUCAGAGAUGGGAGACGAGGAUGUGAGUGGGAAUUGGGUAGAGUGGGGGUAAACUCUGAGUACUAUAAUCUCUCCAGUACGACUGUAUACUUAAAGCAUAAAGUCCUUAGAACAAGAGAAUGGUCUUCUUUUCUUAUUUACAUCAUAUUGGAUUCGUAAUUGUACUCAAAUAUUAACUUAUCGCUCUCUUUACUGUUGAUAAAUUUUGAAAAAUGUAAGAGCAUUUUCAUUUGUUGAAUGAAAAAUUUUCUUGUUGAUGAUGAGUUGGACAUAAUUAUUUCUACUUGUAUGAAAUAACAUUUCUAUCAUCUCUCAUACUUCCAUAAUCCAUAACGUUCAUCCGUAAUAAAUAAAUAAGGAAAAAUACAAAUAUGGAUGAUAAACUACGCCAAAUGGAGGACGAAAUGAGCAGAUUCGAGGCUGAAAUCGGUGGACCAAUAGUGACUCCAAUGAUGCGUCCAGUCAUUGGUGCUAAUACAUACAGCCAAGUUGCUAGACAAUUGGAGCAACAUGAAUUACCUACACCCGUUGUAGCAGCAGCUGCUGCCAGUCUAGCAUUUCCACCUAUGAUGGGAUUUCCACCGCCACCACCACCGCCACCACCACCACCACCUCCACCUCUACUUAUUCCACCACAAGUGGCACGCCAGAACAGUGUUCCAAUCACAACUUACUCAUCACCAGCCCAAAUAACCAAUUCCUACUUACCAAACAUUGUGGAACCAAUACUGAGUUCAACAUCGAAAACGUAUGAGUCGACAGCAGCUCCACCAAUGAUUCAUCCCGAGAUUAUUGAAAAAAUAAUAAAUACAAAAAUACCAGAUGAUGAAGGUAAGAAAAAACCGAAAAUAAAGGGUGUAAGUACAGCAGCUGAAUUGGCUAUUAGUCAGGGAAAGGCCAGUUCGAUAAUGGCCAAUGCCAGUGCUGAGGAGCCUCAUCCAAAAGGAAAAGGGAAAAAGAAUAAAAAGAUUAUUAGAAUGGCUGGAGGACAAACAUGGGAGGAUCAGUCACUACUUGAAUGGGAUGAUGAUGACUUCAGAAUUUUUUGUGGUGAUCUCGGUAAUGAUGUAACCGAUGAAAUGUUAGUGAGAGUUUUUGGAAAAUAUCCCAGUUUUCAGAAGGCUAAAGUAGUGCGGGACAAGCGAACGAAUAAAACGAAAGGAUUUGGGUUCGUCUCAUUCAAGGAUCCCCAGGAUUUCAUCAAGGCCAUGAAAGAAAUGAAUGGAAGGUACGUGGGAUCGAGACCUAUAAAACUACGAAAGAGUUCCUGGAAGCAGAGGAAUCUUGAAACAGUGAGGAAAAAGGAGAAAGAAAAGCAAGCUCUCAUUGGACUGCUAACUGGUCGGUGAGGUGUGAUGUACAAUAUAUUGUGCUAUUGGCUAGACAAUGUAAACUAAUGAAAACUAACAGUUGUUUCUUUUUCACUUUCAUUGGAAGAAAUACUCGCUGUAGAAAUAAGAUUACGAUCAAGACAUCAAGUAUUUGUUCUUAAUUUAAUUAUCAUAACAUAACGGUGUAGCUAUUUGCACCGGACACGGACGUAUCCGUAACUAAUAGAGUUACGGAUGGGCACACAGAUACGUCUGUGUCUGGUGCAGAUAGCCACUCCGUUACGACAAAUAUAAUAUAAACUGAUGAUUAAUAAAUUAGUGUGAAUUCAA